AUGAAUUUGUUUAUAAAAAAAGGAUUAUUACCGUUAAGUAAAAAAUUUAUACACACGAGUAAAGGAUGUGGAAGAAGAUGUCCUCACUGGUGGGAAUUAGCAACAGGAGAAGACAGAUGGCAAGCCGUUCAAUGUGCAAAAGGAAACUUGGAUCCAUAUUUACAAAAACCUGUACCCAGAGGACCAGGUACGAAAGAAUGUCCGAACAUCGUGCCAUCGUAUGCUAGUUUUAGAGUUGUUUAUUGCAUAUGCGACGACGGCGUGGCUCAUAACACUUUCAUCGUGGAAGAAGGAGUACCCAGACGAUGCGAUUGUAAUUAUUGGUUCGUUUUGGAAAGACGUGAAAUUCCUCCAUUAUACGAAGAUACAGAAUAA